CUCCGUCUCCCACCGACCUGAGCGCACCACGGCCGCUUGCUAAGUCACAGGAAUCUGCUGUUGGACUCAUUGCCAGGAAAUGGGCCCCGGAAGGUUCUCCGACAAGAUCCCGCUGUCUUAAGGCGGUAACGGUGUUCACAGGUCGGGAAGGGGCGGUGGGAGAAGCGGAGAAACUCUGAGCCAUGCUAGUGAACUGUGGGCCAGUCUGUGAAGAGGCCCAGCUCUGCGGGGCCGCGGUUCGCGCCUGAGCUGGAAGUUUGGCUUGUGACAGAUCGAAAACUACAUUUCCCAGCAUUCUUGAGGCGCCAGAACUACCUUUCCCGAAAGCCUGAGCGAGAUUCAGCCCGACUUCCGCCUCCUCCCGCCAACCGGAAAACUGUGAGACUAUGAGGAGUUGGUGGGCUUGGCGGCUCUUGAUUUCUAAAAGCAGCGGGAGCUGCUGCGUUUCAACUCCCCGGGAGCAUUUCUCGCCGGUCCUGCGGAGAGAUUUCUUCACCACCACAACCAAGGAAGGAUAUGAUAGGAGGCCAGUGGACAUAACUCCUUUAGAACAAAGGAAAUUAACUUUUGAUACCCAUGCAUUGGUGCAAGACUUGGAAACUCAUGGAUUUGACAAAACACAAGCAGAAACAAUUGUAUCAGCAUUAACCACUUUAUCAAAUGUCACCCUGGAUACUAUCUAUAAGGAGAUGGUCACUCAAGCUCAACAGGAAAUAACAGUACAACAGCUAAUGGCUCAUUUGGACUCCAUCAGGAAAGACAUGGUCAUCCUAGAGAAAAGUGAAUUUGCAAAUCUGAGAGCAGAGAAUGAGAAAAUGAAAAUUGAAUUAGACCACGUCAAGCAACAAUUAAUACAUGAAACCAGUAGAAUCAGAGCAGAUAAUAAACUGGACAUCAAUCUAGAAAGGAGCAGAGUAACAGAUAUGUUUACAGAUCAAGAAAAGCAACUUAUGGAAGCAACCACAGAAUUUACAAAAAAGGAUACCCAAACCAAAAGUGUUAUUUCAGAGACCAGUAAUAAAAUUGACACUGAAAUUGCUUUCUUAAAAACACUGAUGGAGUCUAACAAACUUGAGACAAUUCGUUAUCUUGCAGCCUCAGUGUUUGCUUGCCUGGCAAUAGCAUUGGGAUUUUAUAGAUUCUGGAAGUACUAUUAAUGCUUCUACUACUGCUGCUAUUGUCUUCUUAGAAUACUAAAUCAGCAUAGAUUUAUUUUGAACAUUGUCAGUUGCAGCAGAAACUUACUACAAGAUUAUUCAAAGUAUACAUGGACUAAAGAGAAGUGUUUUAGAAUGGGAAGAGAUAUUUUGUCUUUAUUUUGUAUGUGUGUCUUUAUUUUAUUAUAUUGGAAAGCUACCAUUCAAAACCUGAUUUAUUUGAGAUAGAAAGGCAAUUUGUUCUUAUCCUAUUGAUGGUUCAUAGAAACUGAACCAGAGUUUUCUUAUGUUUGCUUGAACUGUGUAAAUUGUAUAGGAUUUUGUUGGUAUCUGCUCAAAAUCUGAAAACUGUUGCCUAUCCUAAAUACUAAUUACUGGAUUUAACUUUCUUGAUAACUAUUGCAUAAUUACAUUUUUAUAUAAAAUAAAAAAUUAUUAUAACA